AUGUCCGCUUAUGUUCGUGGAGGUCCCUCUGCAAUCAACGCCCCGACAAGACCUCGCGGUGCGCCGAGUGGCCCGGCAAGGGAUUUCUCAAGCCCUCCUAUCCGUGGUCGGGGUAGUCUUUCAUAUCGUGGCUCGGCCCCUUAUGGACCAAGGGGGGGUGGAUACGCGCGUGGAGAUUACAGUGGCACUCGUGGCGACUAUGGUGGAGGGCGCGGUGACUACGGCGGAGGUCGAGGUGACCUCGGAGGAGGACCCCGCGGUGAUCUCUCAGGAGGCAACUAUCGGGGUGCAACGUCCGAGCGUGCAAGCUCCGGUGGUGUCGGAGCUGGGCAGAACGACACAUCUUUCCCCUUCCGUGGUAACAGCAGCAGCAGCACGACCUACCCGCGCACCCAACGUUUUAACAGCGUGCAACAGCACCUCGCUACCACCGAGAAAAUCAUCCCAGGCGGGAAGCUUCUGCCCUCUGGCCUUCCUCCCGACCAAGACAAGCGUAUCAAGAUACUGGAAGCCGAAGCCGAACGAAUGCGCAAGGAAAUCCUGGAAAAGCAGCGAAUCAAACGUGAGGUGAUGAACGAGUGGGAGACACGAGAGCGCGAAAGCGACCGAGAGAGAUUACGCAGUGAGCUCGCAGAUGCACAUCUGCAGCAGCUGGUGGAAAGUGACGACGGUAUUGGUAGAGCGGCAUUCUAG